GUCUUCUCCGGUACGGUACGUCUCCCGUUUUAACCAGCUACUAGUAAAAAUUCCAUGAACGCGGAUCCAGGGACCGAGCUAGAGACACAUGCCGGGGUUGACGAUGGAAGGAGACGGAAGGAGGCUGGCGGCCGCGCUGUGUCUUGUUAUCGUGGCCACGGCGAGCGUGGCGCCUGCCCAGUUGGUCGUUGUGAAGAACAGCAUCUGGGUGAUGUCGCCACUGUCCAUGAGGGCCCACCACGAGGCGGCGAUCGCCAACUACGGCGUCCCGAAUUACGGUGGCACGCUGACCGGCGUGGUUCUGUACCCGGCCGACGCGAAGCUGGCGACGGGGUGCAGGCCGUUCGACACGACGGCGCCGUUCAAGUCCCGGUCCGGCCGCCCCGUGGUCCUCCUCGUGGACCGCGGGGAGUGCUACUUCGCGGUCAAGACAUGGAACGCGCAGCAGGCCGGCGCUGCGGCGGUGCUGGUGGCCGACAACUUUGAGGAGCCGCUGCUGACGAUGGACAACCCCGAGGGCGAGGGGGAGACACUGACCUUCCUGGCCAACAUCACCGCCCCCUCGGCGCUUGUGACCAAGUCCUUUGGCGACGCCCUCCGCAUAGCGGCCUCCAAGUCCGGCGAAGAGGAGGUGGUGGUCCAGCUGGAUUGGCGCGAGUCGAUGCCGCACCCGGACGCCCGGGUGGAAUACGAGUUCUGGAGCAACAUCAACGACGAGUGCGGCCCCCGGUGCGACGAGCAGGCGGCGUUCGUAUCGGCGUUCCGUGGCCAUGCGCAGCUGCUGGAGAAGGCCGGCGACGCGCUCUUCACCCCGCACUACAUCAUCCGGUUCUGCCCGGCCCGUUUCGCCGGCACGCGGCAGUGCGCGUCGGAGUGCAUCAACCAUGGCCGGUACUGCGCGCCGGACCCGGAGGGUGACCUGGGGCGCGGGUACGAGGGCAAGGACGUGGUGGUGGAGAACCUCCGGCAGCUGUGCGUGCACCGCGUGGCCAACGCCCGGAACGCGUCGUCGGUGUGGUGGGACUUGGUCACCGACUACCGCGUCCGGUGCUCCAUGCGGGAGAAGAAGUAUUCACGGGGAUGCGCCGAGGAGGUGGUGGCGUCGCUGGGCCUGCCGGCGGAGAUGAUGGCGGAGUGCAUGGGGGACCCCGAGGCCGACGCCGACAACGAGGUGCUCGAGACGGAGCAGAUGGUGCAGGUUGGGCAGGGGAAUCGAGGGAACGUCACCGUCUCGCCGACGCUCGUGAUCAACAACGUGCAGUAUCGCGGGAAACUGGAGAGCACCGCCGUUCUGAAGGCGAUUUGCGCUGGAUUCAAGGAGACCACUGAGCCCCGUGUCUGCUUGACACAAGACAUGGAAACGGACGAGUGCCUGGACAACAACGGCGGCUGCUGGCGCGACGAUAAGACCAACAUCACCGCCUGCAAGGACACGUACAGGGGAAGGGUUUGCGAGUGCCCCAUGGUGGAGGGUGUGAAGUACGAGGGGUACGGGUACAAAGACUGCAAAGCCAGUGCAAGGUGAACAACCGAUGGGUGCUAGAAGAGCGAGAGAAAAUCUAGAAAGAAGGGAGGGUUUAUGAUUAGGGAAAAGGAAGUUUUAGAUGUGUACACUGCUAUGUUAUUGAUCAUGCAAAUUUUCGUCCAGUUAAUCUUCUUGUACCGUUGUACGCACUUUUGUCUGAAACUAUGUUCUAUAUUAUAAAACGUUUUGGAUAGGCUAACAAGCCUACCUAAAGGGUAUGCGUAUGGGAUCAUAGAACCUAUACCCGCGUACUCAUUCACCCUUCCAAUAUUUUAUAAGUUGACCAUUGUAAUAUUCGAACAUACUUAAUUUUUUCCUAAUCACACAUUCAAGUCUGAACCUCAUGCUUCCCGGUCCCAUAAUUGUUGAUCGGUUAGUGAGGAUUAGGCUCCUAUUUAGGAUCGCUUCACCUAGUGUCAUUCAACUUCCGCGGUACCUU